AACCGUUUAUCUCCUUAAUACAAAUUAUUAUCAAUAUAAAAUGUAAGACUUUCUUAUCUAUAUCAUCUUAGUUCUAGUGUGCCAAACGAGACUAUACGUGACCAAACGAGACUAUAAUUUAUAUGCACGAAAAAUUAAAAGUCAAAGGAAAAUAACGCAGUUCUUUCAAAAUGUUAUCUGGAAUUUUGUUGUGUUGUUUUAUUAGUAGUGUACUUGGACAUGGGAGGCUUCUGGAUCCUCCUGCUCGCGCUACAAUGUGGAGAGUAGGUUUUAGUACACCGAAAAAUUAUAAUGAUAAUCAAUUAAAUUGCGGUGGAUUUAUGAAUCAAUAUUUAUUUCAAAAUGGUAAAUGUGGCGUAUGUGGCGAUCCAAACCAAGGACCGAAGGACAACGAAGCUGGUGGGCGGUUCGCCACUGGUACCAUUGGCAAAACUUAUAAAACGGGGCAGGUCAUUGACGUGUCAAUUCAGAUAACCGCUGAUCAUAGAGGAUGGUUUGAAAUGAAACUCUGUCCAAACAACAAUCCUGCCAAAGCUGUCACUCAUGCAUGCCUAGAUAGAUACCUACUGAACGUUGUUGGGUCUGGAACACGAUUUAUUAACACUCCUGGAGUUGGAACAAAACGUUUCCAAGUUAAACUUCCUGACGGACUACAAUGUUCACAAUGUGUCUUACAGUGGAGAUGGCACGCAGGGAACAACUAUGGCGUAGAUCCCGACGGACGAGGGUGUAUAGGAUGUGGUUCUCAAGAAGAGUUUUACGGAUGUGCUGACAUUGCCAUCACCGGUAACGGACAGACUCACGUCACUCAACAACCAAGCAUCACAUUCCGUCCGAUACAAACAUUUAAACCAUUUGUAACAAAUGCACCCGUACAAACUGCAAGACCGGUUCAAACCGCAAGACCGGUAAUAACCGCAAGACCAGUUCAAACUGCAAGACCAGUUCAAACCGCAAGACCGGUUCAAACUGCAAGACCAAUACAAACUGUUAGACCAGUUAUAACUGCAAGGCCUGGUACCAUAACUUGCAAGGCUAUAAAUUAUUGGGCAGGAGUUGUGGCUCUUGACCAAUGGUGUACAGUAGAAUGCCAAAAAGGAAAUUGUCCACCAACUGCAUGUUCUUGUCAAGGUCUAGGUCGUUAAUUGAGUUGUUGUAUCAAGGACUAUAUUAUGUAAUUAAUAAAUAUGCUUUUUGUG